UUUAUGUAAUAAGUUGACGUCGGUUGCUAAAGACGACCGAAUACCGAACGCAGCUGCAGACGAGAUUUCCUUGCAGCUGUCAGUUUUUCGUGCACAACUCCGUCAUUCGAUCGGUUCAACCACUAGCAGUAGCCAGCACUGCACGCAUCUAGAGAAGGUUCCUCAUGGAUUCUUUGUGCCAAGCAGCACUGCCGUUUGUCGUGAAUAAUCAACCACUGGGACCAUGCCUCCAAGUUGCACCGCAAGCUUAGGGCCAGAUUAGGACCACCAUGAGGAUCUGGGUCCUUCUACAGAGCGCUCAGACAACUUGUUCAGGGCGUUCAACCUUGUACCCUUAUUCUUCCUGACCUGCUCGUUUGACUACACCAUCUUCAUUGCUGUCAGCUCGAAAUCCACCCCAAGAUCAUGGCUCACCCUGUCAUAUGGAGAGGAAAAGUGUUCUUCUACCCUAUCGGCAAUACAUCUGCAGUUUGCCUCACACAAGAUCUUUGUCCAACCGAAAAAGCAGACGCGCUGCUUCUUGGGUGCGGUGACCCGAGGCAUAUUCUUUACACCGUAUAUACAAACAGCGCUGGCUUGCAAGGGUCACGAAAACUGGACUUCACUUGCUGCGACAUCGAGGGUGCAGUAAUCGCUCGUAACGUUAUACUAUUCACUCUCCUUGCCGAUGAAGAUGUUGCGGAGAAAUUGCCUCAAAUUUGGAACAUAUUUUUCCACUUUUUCCUCGACAAAGACUCCCUUGACCUACUCAUAUCACAAUGCAAGAAGUUGGUCGAGCUGUCUAGCAGUCUCGACAGCUGGAGCAAGGGUCCUUAUGGACACUUCCUCCGUAUCUGCACUGGAGAUACUCUCGCCGAGUUGCGGCGCCUUUGGCAGCUCUACAUCAAGACAACGACUUUCUCUCCUACCCAGGCAAAAGCAUUUCAAUCUGCAUAUGCUGCCGAUAUCAAGGCUUGCAGGGUUCAGUCUAAUAUCGUGUCUGCAGCAAGUCGGGCAGCUGGGCCAUUGUCGCUGUAUGCGAUCGAAAUGGCGGCAGACCACUACAACAUUUACUGGGAGACAGGUGUAUGCUCUGCCAUCCGUGAGAGACCCUCGGAAGUAUCACACCCAAAUCCAACCUUAGCAUACUCCAUGGCUGGUGACAAAUUUGCGGUCCACUACGGAACGGAUCCUCUCGCUUGUUUCCACUUGGCAGAGGCCUUUGCGCCAGCGGUUGGAAGCUCUCCAGAGGACCUUACUCUGAAAGACGUAGUAAAUGUGUGCAAGACACAGUUUUCCAGGUGGUGCACUUCAGUUUCCAAAGUCUUGCGUAGUCAGCCAUCUUCUCCGAGCCCGCUCAUCAUUCGUUGCUUUGUGGGCGACGCCCUCAGCUUGUGCCCAGUCCUUGGCUACUGCCGCAUCACAAACUCGACAUCCACACCGUUCGCUGUUGCACCUUGGAAAUACAGGUGCAUCACGCUUGAUCCUGACGCUUACGGGCCUCGUGCGCAGUCUCCCGCGCCGACCAUAUUCAAUGUCAUUGAUACUUCUAACCUUCUUGACCACGUCGGAGGGUUGAAUAUCCUCGCUAUUACUUCUCCCAUUCUUCAGCGAACUCCAUCCACUACAUUGUAUACGGAACGUCUUGCUGGGGCCAACCCAGAAGAUACGUUGCCGCAACAACUCUGUGGAGAUAUUGCGACUCUUGGUCUGCUCCUCGGCCUCAUUCCCGCUUCCUUCGUAUCGCAGUUCACAAACCGGUCGAAUAUGCAUGAGAUGAUCAUGCAAGCGAUACAACAGCAGACAACUCAGAAUCACGAACGCCUCGCCUGGAAGGUGAUUGGUGGGGCUGAGAAAUUCGUGACUGAUCUUGACCGCCCCAUCGAUAUCGCCCCUGUGCAGCUUGCAGGCGCUCUGUUCCAUAUUUACCUCGGCAUAUUUUCUCAUCAGAACUUGGCGCGACAGACGGCCAUGUUGAAGAAGCAGUUGUCCGCGCCAAUCCGGCACUCCGGGAUCGUACAUUACCAACUCCCUGGGGUCGUACAUUAUCAUCAUCGUUCUUUCGCGGAGAUUUUAUCCGUCGUCAAGAGGAGGGUGAUCACAGAAUGGAACUCGGCCAUGAACACGCUUCUCGGCAUGAUUCAAGAUGACAUAACCCUUACGACCGGGAAGAACUUUUACCAAGACCUCUGCUGUCAGCUGCACCUUAGCGGUGUUUUCACUGUGGAUUGGAUGUCUCUACAAAUGGUGCAGGAGAUGCAUCGCGUCGAACGGCCCUUUGUUUUUCGCGAUUGGAAGACCCUCCCGCAAACUGUCUGUGUCGUCCUCGUCAUUCCUCGGGACCGUCUUCAGCCGCUCUUACCUGAUCUUGACGGGGCCGGAGAACCUGUGUUGCAAUGCUACGUGGGAGGGGUAGUAACUGCAAAUAUAUUCUCUUCCAUCAACACAGUUUUUGGCACCGUUAUGAUCAGCGGCAAGGGCGAUGGAAAAACUGCAGCCAUGGUGGAGGACGCCACUGGACGCCAUGGACUUUCUCCUCUCGUGGUGUGGUUCUGGCUACCGUCCAUUGCGCUGAUGAACGAGCCUCGUUUAAGGAUUGUAUUAUCUGUGCUCUCCGUUCCAGCGACUUGCAUGCUCGUCCCGAAGCUGGGGUUUGACCUUUCCUUAUUCCGUGCGGACUUGGGAGACGAACAAUUCGUGCAUGUUCUCAGACAGCGCCCUGAUACUGGUCCAGAGAGUCCCGAGGAGAAGAAUGUGCAGAUCGACGAUUGUUCCAUGAAGACGACUGGCGCAUGUACAUUGGUCACGUUAGAUAAAGAAUGCCAGAAACCUCUGACGUUCACCACUCGUGUGGAUAUCGUCGAACCGGAGAUGAAAGCUUCCCUGACAAGCGGCGCUAAUCCCACCGUGAAUCAAGUUUCUAUGCAUUCAAUCGCCCUCGUUCUUGGAGACCACUCUUUGAAAUUCCCUUUCCCGCUCCCUAUUGAUGCCAAGAAAGCCCAGUUCCGCAUUGCACGAAAAUCGUCGUACAUCGAAGUUAUAAUGCCUCUGAAACUCGCACUUGGAGGAGUUGACAUGAUGGACAUGUUCCCUGUCAUUCCGCAGGGAGGCGAUCUUGCUCUUUGGAACAUGCCCCGCGUCAACCUCGAUCAAUGUGUACCUUUCAGCAUUGCCAGUCCGAAGGCUCUCGACUGGAUCCACCCUCACGUUACCCUCAUGAUGUCUGAGCGUGAGAGAAGAGUCCCCAAUCUAUUCACGACGGGGUCCACGCUGCUAGAUAUCAAGCGUACAAUAUGUUCCAUCUUUGGGAGCGCGAGCGGGCUCGCGCAGGGCAAGUCCCCUAUAUGCUAUAUCAUGCAGGCGACAGAAGGAAGCGGUUUUGUUAUGUUCUACAUCACAGACCUCCGCUUGGACGUCGGCUCGCACGCCAUAGUCGCUGAUGCUUGGGUGAUGUCGAAUUCCCCCAGGAUUGAGAAGUUCGAGGCUUUCCGCAAGGCCUGCAUGCAUCUGACGCCUGACGAUAUAAUGACGAUUGAGAUGUGUGUUGAGGAGAUGAAGGCAUGGAUGCACCUCCUCGUGGCCGCGACGGAGCGGUGCCGUACUUGGGAGCACAAUCCCACCUGCGAGUAUCGCGUCCAAGCCGCCAUCCCUCUCACUUUGGAGCCAAACAAGAGUCCUAUUUGUUCUUGCGGGGUCGGGGUGGGGACAGAGGCGUUUGUGAAGAAAUACCCGAUGCUUCGAUCGCUUGCGCCCUGUUUGACGAGGAUAGCAAUUAGUCCGCUGUUCGCGCUUUCGUACUUGGAAAAAGUCGGUAAUACAGACGGUGGUGCUGCCACGAUGACACUAUCGAAGGCUGCGCUGGCACCGACGAUGCGUGCUGCUUGUGCUGCUUGUGGAAAGGAAGGAUAUGCUUCUGGGUCGUUGCUGGUCUGCAGCCGAUGCAAGUGUGUGCGAUAUUGUUCAAAGGAUUGUCAGCGCAAGGACUGGAAAGGGCACAAGAAGUUCUGUGUAGUACCAUCUUCCUGAGGAACCGACGUUCAUCCCCAAGUAGAUCUUCAAUUGUGUUUUUUUUUUGCCGAAUUCAAGCACAGGCAUUUCCCUCUUUACCUGAUACUCACAUUUCUCUUGCUAUACAAGUUGGUACGAAGUUACAUUGCCCAUCCCCACUGAUAUGUCAUGAGUGCCUUUGUGUCUAUUCUGUUUUGUGCUGAGCUCUUCAUGUGUAGAUAAAUGUAGACUUGUACUACUUGUAAUUUUAGG